AAUACAUUCAAAUAUAAAUAGAAGCCAACUACAGGUUACGCUUUUAGAAAUAUCAGUGAUAAGAAUAAAUUAUUCACAAACUUCAUCUAUUACCUUCUAGUAUCAGCCAGCUUGACCGUAGAAGAAACCAAUUUUCAACCGUCUGUAUUAUCUAUACCUUAUGAAAAUGCCUAAACUAUUUAGUGUACUACUGUCAGCUGUCCUAAUCGUGAUAAUUGUUCAAGUUAACAGUUUACCUACAGAUUCAGAUUCUUACGAUGGUUUAUAUGAACCUAUAGAUGAACGUGCUGCAUACCUGAAUUUUCAGAGAACACCAAACAAACGUUAUAUCAGAUUUGGUAAACGAAAUGGAGUUGAAGAAGAUGGAUUUCGAGGAGGCCGAAGUUAUAUCCGUUUUGGUUAGGAGUGAAUUUAAUAUUUUGUUUAAAAAAGAUAUGACUGCUUCCAUUGAAUAAUAAAACACAGUUUAUGAUUUCAUUUUAUCUUUAAGACUAUCAAUCAAUCAUAAAUAUGACAGUAUAUAUCACAAAAUAAUAUUGAAUACUGAAUAAUAAAAUUUUGUUUUGAUUAUCUUCGGUACUUUCGCAGUUUUAAGUUCAUAGACUAUGCUAUCAAUUUCAAGUCAAUUAAAAUUCACUCAGUAAAAACCUUCUAAUCAAUUCUGUAAACGCUUAGUAUACUAGUUCUUUAACUACGGAUUUAAAAAAAAUACAAAUAAAUAAACAAAUAAAAAAUGAAUAUGGUUAUGAUGAAAAGCAUAGUUCAUUCAUCGCUUAAUUUUAUUCCUUAUUUCAUUAAAUUUUAAUGCAGCUAACCAAGAUGUUUCAUUUCAUUGAUGAAAUUAGUUUCCAUUAUUUAUUGAACAAAUGGUGGUGCAUAUGUUGGUUUGCCAGAAAAAGAACGACAUCUGAAGCAGAACAAUAUGGAUCUAUUUUAUUCGUUUCUCAUCAGCUGUUUGCAACCUGUAACAUUAUUUUUGGAUAACAAAACAACAUGAGGAUACUUCACACAAUGAAAUUAAGUCAGUUGACAAAAGGCGACAUGAUGUGGUAGAUUUUAGCACCUGAAUAACGCUAGCGAGAAAUGCUAAGGAGUUUCAAGAAUCCUAAUGGAAAUAGUCACAAAGUGUUUCAGCAGUUAUAAGCAGAAAUUAAGCAAGACGAUUAACAGAUGUACCAUUCGGCCAAGGGCAGUAGACAAGUUCUGCAAUAACGUAAUGAGUUAAACUCAGUUGAUAAAAACUAUCAUCGUAAUUUGGUAAUCACACUGGAAGAAAACACAGGUUACCGAAGUAAAGAAAUACUGGUGACUGCUUCUUUUUGAACACAAUUUAGGAUCAGACGCUUGAUAGCCUUAGAACUGGUGAACUUCAUAAGAUUCUAAUUCCUCUGUCUGUCAAUUAAAUUGGGAGGUUCUAAGGUUUCUACUUUGCAUUCUGUUUGAAUGAGAUACCCAGCGAUUACAUUUCUGGAAAAACAUUCUGCUGUGAAGCUUAAACACUUAGGUACGUUUUCAAAGUAUUUAAAGUACUUCCUUUCCUUUUUUCAUACAACAUAAGCACACAUUCUCAUACACACAGUUAGACGAAAUAUAAGGAAAGAAUAUGUCGGCUUUUGAUUGUACUAAAAGAUAACUUACUCUGUAGAGAGGGAUCAACUUGGCUUCAGGAGACAUUCUGGUCAGUGCAUUAUUUAACCUUGUAUCGAUUUCUUUUCGCACUUUUGCUACCUCUAAAGUUGAGGUCAGUAAAACUUGGUCUCUCACUUUCUAUAGUCUUGUGUAACUUACUUUCUUCAGACCUUCAAAGUUAUUAAUAAAUUUCUGUGAGCAAAUGUGCGUUAUGGAUUCUCUUCCUUCUUCAUAAUCUCUUCUUUCAUUUUGUUAUUGAACAUAUCCUCUUAACUCCGUAUUAGUGUUUUGAUCUAUGAUCACUUGUAACUAAAUGGAAAAAACCUGCUAAAAUUGAGGUACAGUCUAUUCCAUAGUCUUUUGAUGAAUGCAACUAUUAACAAACUAUUCUUUCGGCAUCGCAACGAAGUAUCUAGUAAUCUAAACUUAUCAUUGGUUACAAUACUUGUGGUAAACUUAAUGUUUUCAUGAACACCAUUGAAGAAUUAUGCUAAAUAGGAUGCAUGACGCAAGUCGUUGUACACGGUAAAUAUGUCAUCGAAUCAAAAGUUUAACUUUGUAAUGUCAAGGUUAGCAAUAUGUGCAUCUGCUUACACUGGGUCCAGUGGACUUUUUGCUGUUACUUCAUCAAUUUGGUGCCAUAGAGGGUUAUCAAAAUGAAACCGGACUUCUUUAGUAAACAUUAUAAUCAGUAGUCAGAUUUUCGAAAUUAGCAGAGAAGGGAUGUUGGUGUGAUUCUUAAAAAUAAUAUCAAAACUCAUGAAUAACGAUGCUUCUGAACAGGGAAGUGACGCAAAAUCACGUCAUAAACUUACUCAAGAUGUAACUACCGUUUUCAACAAGUGGAAAUGAAUUCUUCAAUGUGUAUACAGCUAGGAGUCGACGGAUAAACUUCAACUUUUAUCCAGGUCAAAGACUGAACUUUAGAUGGGGUGAGUUUAUCAUAAAAAGUUGAAGUGGCUUUUUUUGGUUGCCAUCCUCCAGUUUGAAUGUCGAGGAUUAAUUAAGAAUUGGUUUAAUCUUUGUGAUGUAGUCUGCCUCAUUCACUGAACAUAAAUUCAAAAUAAAAAUUGGGAACUCCUUCUACUCGGCAGAAAUUAAGAUUUUACUUCAAGUUGGUAUUCAUUACGGACUGAUAUAAAUUGAUGAAUUAUUGAACGCUUUGAAGCACUGAAGAGCAGUUUUUUUACAACGUGGUACUCCUUAACAGUGAUCAUUCCUAACCCCACUAGGACCUUCAGAUUUUUUCAGCUAGCACGUUACCAUACAGACAAUGUGUGGUAACUCAACGAUCCACUUCCUCUAACUCUUGUUAAUCUGCCACAUAGCUAGACCUUCACCCACUGUCAUAGGCAAUUAUGUGUCUUCAAAUCUGACUUAGUUUCCCCCACCGGUGAUGACUUCUCACUGGAACCUCGGGAAAUCUAGCCUCAAAGCGUGUGACUAAUGAUUACUGGACAGUAAUUCGAUUUAAGGGUUUGUGGGGAUUUGUUUAUUUCAAGGUGGUUUCAUGAUGAACUGACACCAGUUGGAGAACCAUUGAAAACCUAGGAGAGCUAAACCACUGUUUCGUCGUAAUAUAAGACUCUACAACAAUCCAUACCAAUGAAUUUAUUAGAGAUUUUAUUUUUUAAUAUUAUCAACGAAUUUCAUCUCCUAAAAUGAAUUACUGGUUCGAAUGACUUAAACAAAUGUUUGCCCAAGCCGAAAUCGUUCUCGUGUAUAAGCUGUGAUUAUGAAUUCACCAUACAAAAUGAAAAGCUUCGUUUUAAUAUCUACAUUAAACUCCUCGUAAACUAUGCUUGCUUCAAACUGAAAUAGAUUUCUGAACAUUCUGUGAAGUAAAAAUUCACUGAUGAUUCUUAGCACUUUUCCAGCAUUCAACAUUACAAGUGAAAAUUAUGAUAGUCUACACAGAAUCUUGGGUGCUACUUCACAUCUCACAUAUAUGAUAACUACUUUUUAGCAUUAAAUGAUUCAUGUCAUAGUUUUGUGAGAAAAACAUGACACUGAUUCAUUAACUGAUUGAUUAGUAGCCUUCUAGGAGAAAAUGUUUUUUAGAUACAUAGAAAUAGGAGUAGAUAUAUACUUCUGAAAAAUGCUACACAUAUAAUUAGGCCUCCCUGAAUAAUUGAUGGAUUAAGUAUGCUAUGUACCUGGAUACCUGAACAUAUUUAUUUGUUUCCCUAUUCUGAUUAUUCAAAAUAUAUUCAACAGCUUUACUAUCCACAAUGAAAAUCGUUUCCUAUCUCACAAUUCUUCUUUCUGAAUUCAUAAGAUUCUAACUAUUAGAAAGAAAUCUCUGUAUAAGAACCUAGUCAUUGACAAAAUUAGCAAUUUCAACGACGAAUCCAACAUUUUUAUGCCAAUGAACUGGUUGUAUAAAUGACAACGGGACACAAAUGAAGAAUAUACGUUUCUAAUUCUCAACAUUCCAUUGUUUCGCGAAGCAAUUAAACUGUGCUACCACGAAAUUACUGUUAAAUAAGCAGGAAUUACCAAUCCUUUUCACUCAUUUGACUCUCACUCUAUGAACGUUUAUCAGUACCAGAAUUUCUCAAAUUUCUGGACGGUCAUAAUGGCAACUAAAAUCUUGACAGACAGUAAAAUCCAGGAGAUCAACUCACGUAUUAACUUUUAAGUGAACAUAUUCACAACAAUGGUAUAUAACAGACUUCUCUAGCACCUCAUCAAACAGUGAAUAUACCCCCUUGAUAAUACUGCAUACCCUAACGUGAACGGUUUUGAAAACGCAUUGCCAUCGGUCUGCAGUUCUUGAAAUGUUUAUUCAUUUACACCACAAUAUCUAAUCCCCACAGCGUAAAUUUACAUUGCUGUGAAUAGAUAUUCACUUGGACUACAUGAUUACGGGCAAACUUACAGAUCCCCCAGAAAGUCAGCGUGGUUUCUUUUCGUCUCUGAAGCUAUAAGCACAAUAAUUCAUGGUAAAACAGGCGUUCAUCUAGUAUAACGGGGCAUUGCGAAGACGAAUCAAUCAUGUCGACUGCUUGUAAAGAAAAUUUGGAGUUUGCAUGACCUUGGUGUCACCACUAGUGAAAAAAGAAAGUAUGACUGAAAACGAUCUAAACUCCAACACUCUGUAUAUGCUGAAAAGUGGUAUUUUCUUGUUCAUUUCAUAGCUUGUGGAAUAUUCUGAUGUUUUUAAUGACCUCCCUUCCGUAACAUUCAGUUCCGGUAAAAUCUUGUACAUCUUCCAACAUAUGUCAGUGUGAUAAUGCCUGCAAACUGGCUUCUCUUAUGUUGAAUUACUAAUAUGAGAAUUAUAUAUAUGUAGUAAAAGUCUGGUUGUGAUAUUCUUGCUUAACACUUAAUCAGCCUUACGUAAAGCAAUGUACUUCAGUACCAAUCUAAACAGUAGCUUAAGAGAGAAAGAGAAAUAAGAUAACACUUUAUAGGAUGAAAAGUAUUCAGACAAAUAGUUAGGUUUUUAGUCAGAGAUAAAGAGGUUAUAUGACGGAAAGAAUGUUAACUUACCUGUUUAUGGAUGGCUAAGUUAAGGACUGUAAGCUUGUUGCUGCUGACCAGCAC